AUGGUGGAAGAGGAGCACGCACCCCUUUACAAAUGGAGCAGUUGCCCGUCUCACCUUUCACCACCCGCAUCUACGGGCAAAAGCGGCAUCCAGAGGAUCCAUGUCUACGAUUUCGAUAAUACACUUUUCAAGUCGCCAGCGCCGAAUCCGAACCUUUUGUCAAGCUAUAUGAUCAACAUACUCACGGACCCGCACAAGCUUAGCAAUGGAGGGUGGUGGAGCGAGCCGAGAUUUCUUCGAGAACUGGUGGAAGAGUGGGCACGUGAGAAAGCUAAGCAGCCGAGCAGCAGCGUUGACGACAAGUACUGGAACAGGGAUAUCGUAGAGCUGUGCCGGCUGUCGCACCAGGAGCCCGGGACGCUCUCGAUUCUGAUGACCGGGCGAAAGGAGAACCUGUUCCACGACGUGCUUUCACGGGUAAUCGACCAGCCAGUCUUUGGCGACGAGCGGCUCAAGUUCCACGCGAUAUUCCUCAAGAAACCCGGGUAUGAGACGACGAUGAUGUACAAGACGAGCUGCCUCACUGACCUGCUGACGCAUUAUGACAAUUGCACGGAGCUCACUAUCUACGACGAUCGGAUUCGCCAACUCCAUGGCUUCCAGGACUUCCUCACGGAGUUUGUAGAGGCUAUGCGUCCUAGCCUGCUGUUCAACUUGGUGCAUGUGGCAGGUGUGGUAAAGUAUCUAGAUCCCGCGCGAGAGCGCCAUAUUAUCACGCGAAUCUUCGAGGAACAUAACGCGGCGGUCACAAAAUACACUUCUAGGGUGGGUAAAGGAGACACACCCGCGCAAAGCUUUUUCGUGGGCAAGAUGGAUGUCCGCGAGAAACGCCUAGGUGCGGCUUAUGUCUUGACUGCUUUCUCACGGAUGGAAGUUGUCAAAUUUACUUUGCAAACUUUCAGCCGAGAAAUUGGUGAAUCGACUAUAGACAAACUGCGAUUCCAACCUCGCUCUAUAUUAUGCACUCCUCACGGAACGAUAACGAGCCGAAAGAUAGCAACCAAGAUUAUCAUGGGGUUAAAUGGCGAUCCUUCGGAGGAAGAGAUCGACAAAUGCAUGGAGCUCAUGAACAAUGGGCUUGACGACUCUAGAAUUAAGUUUCGUCUCACCAGAUUUGGUUACAGUAGCAGAGGCUUGUACGUUUAUGACGUUGAGCCUGUGCCAUCUAGCACCUACGCAUACACAGAGUUUCCAGCGCUGCGUCUUUUAGCAGGUGUACUCGCAAAUCUCACGUUUGAAGAAUCAGAGAUUUAUAAGGACUCGAUCUUCGAGUGGAUUCCGAUCAAGCAAUCCGUAGUCAUAGAUGCGGAUUUCGGCUACGAUUUUAUUGUUUCCGUGGUGCCUAAUAGGAAAAAUAGGAAAAGAAAACCUGGGUUCACCAAUUCGCGCUAUUAG